AUGGUCCGUCAAAAAUCCCCGUCAGUCAACAAAAAUGCAAAUGCGACGACGAAAGAGGACCUCAACAAGAAGAGGCUCCGAAAUCGCUUAUCGCAACAAACGUUCCGUCGGAGACAGGCGGAUCGCCUAAGACAGCUGCUAGAUGAUGUCAACGCGACUGGCAGGCCAGAUGACGAGACGAAUAGAGCAUUACGGGAAGAAAAUAGACGUCUACGCCGCAGUCUUAUCGAAUUGGAAUCCAAGAUUGCCCGACUUGUGGUUACAGUGCAGGGCUUGUCCGAAACGGUGUCAAAUGCUGUCGUCGAUACCUCCCGGGACGAAUCCAACACUUUCGACUCCUACCAGGGCCAUGCCACCUCUGCUACUGCUACCGAAGAACUUGUAUCAAAUUCAAGGCCCACGAUAGCUCCGAAACCCCCAUUCAGAAGGGAACUUCCACUAACUAAAUCGACCCAACCUGCGGCACAAAAUGCGGAGGACCACGAACAGGAGAUACGCACUCGAUCGCCGAGCAUCGACUGCAAUGCCGCUUUGAAUAUUGCGGCAAAUUUCGACAGCCUAGCUCAGCAAAUCCCCAGUAUCUGGUCUUUUGAGUACCAAAUGGGCCCCGGCCCAUACGCAGAUUGUUUAGCUGGAAGUGAAGAUUCUAGCCUUAUUCUUGGUCGCGCAUGGACCGAGUCAAAUUCGCCAUUCUCCGACCACAUCCAUGUUCUUCAGAGCCUUAUGAGGAGCAAAUUAGACCCUACCGUUUUACUUUCCAAGUCAACCAUUGAUCAGGACCGACUCAUCCAAUUUCACGCGGCGAAUCCCCGCAUUGACCAAAUAUUCUGCGAUGUUGUCAGUAGCUAUGUUGUGGAGGCAUGGAUGUCCGACUUGAUUGCAGGGGCACCAAUGAUCAAAGCCCACAUUCGGGUUACAGACCUUGUUCAGAAUAUUGAUCCAUCGGCCUUCGACAAGGGAUCAAAUAAGGCAGCCAACGUCAAUCUUCCUGCACCUGACGUGGCCACUCUAUUUUCAUCCACUGACUAUUCCUUGGCUGUAUUCAAUCACCUUGGUAUGGAUCUUGGGGUGUCAAACUACAAAAUUGAUCCUGCUUUCUUUGCUACAUACCCAGAGCUAUACGACCAUAGUGCGUGUAUCUCCGGUGAAGGCAUCUCAUUACGACCAGAAGCCCAGGCUCGCUUGACGUAUCCUAAGCCCCUUGACUCACAAAUAUUUCAAACAUAUCGGAAUUUCAUUGAAUUUUCCUACGGUUGGCCGCUUCGCAUGUCAGGAGUUUUUGGAUGA